GAAGGCUCUAGGGCUGUUUAUACGUGUCUCGAAUCUCUAGCCCCUUCGUAACUGUCCGUACAUCAAGAUGCCUAAACCAGCAGCGGCCCAGGAGGAUGAAGAUCCCACCCCAUACCUUUUCGUCUCCUUGGAACAGAAACGUAUAGACCAGACAAAGCCCUACGAUGCCAAGAAAUCAUGCUGGGUACCGGACGACAAGGAGGGAUUCGUACUUGGUGAAAUCAGGGGUACCAAGGGUGACCUCGUCACUGUUGGAAUACCCGGAGGAGAGGAAAAGAACUUCAAAAAGGAACAAGUAACCCAAGUAAACCCUCCUAAGUACGAAAAAGCUGAGGACAUGUCCAACUUGACAUACCUCAAUGACGCUUCAGUAUUGCACAACUUGAAACAACGUUAUUAUGCCAAACUUAUCUACACUUAUUCUGGACUCUUCUGCGUCGCUAUUAACCCUUACAAGCGCUUCCCCGUAUACACCAACCGUUGUGCCAAAUUGUACAGAGGCAAGAGGCGUAAUGAAGUACCACCCCAUAUUUUCGCCAUUUCUGACGGUGCUUACGUCAACAUGUUGACCAAUCAUGAAAAUCAAUCUAUGUUGAUUACUGGUGAGUCUGGUGCCGGUAAAACUGAAAACACGAAAAAGGUAAUUGCUUACUUCGCCACCGUCGGUGCUUCAACCAAAAAACCAUCCGAAGAGCAGCAGAAGAAGGGUACCCUUGAAGAUCAAGUCGUACAAACUAACCCUGUACUUGAAGCCUUCGGUAACGCCAAGACCGUGCGUAACGACAACUCCUCCCGUUUCGGUAAAUUCAUCCGUAUUCACUUCGGUCCCACUGGUAAAUUGGCUGGUGCUGAUAUCGAAACUUAUCUGCUUGAGAAGGCUCGUGUCAUUUCCCAACAGAGUCUUGAAAGAUCUUACCACAUUUUCUACCAGAUUAUGUCUGGUUCCGUUCCUGGAGUUAAAGACAUGUGUCUUUUAUCUGCUAAUGUUAAUGAUUACCACUACGUCGCACAGGGUAAAACCACUAUUCCAAACGUCGAUGAUGGCGAAGAAUGUAGAUUAACAGAUGAAGCCUUCGACAUUCUUGGUUUCACCCAAGAAGAAAAGGACAACAUCUACAAGAUCACCGCUGCCGUAAUGCACAUGGGUACCAUGAAAUUCAAACAGAGGGGUCGUGAAGAACAGGCCGAACCUGACGGUAUGGAAGAAGGUGAGAAGGUUGCUAAACUCUUGGGUGUUGACGCUCCGGGUCUUUACACCGCCCUGGUUAAGCCCAGGAUCAAAGUAGGUAACGAAUUCGUCACCCAAGGUAGGAACGUCAACCAGGUAUCCUACUCUGUCGGUGCCAUGUCCAAGGCUAUGUUCGACAGAUUGUUCAAAUUCUUGGUCAAGAAAUGUAACGAAACUUUGGACACCAAGCAAAAGAGACAACACUUCAUCGGUGUACUGGAUAUUGCUGGUUUUGAAAUCUUCGACUUCAACAGCUUUGAGCAACUUUGCAUCAACUUUACCAACGAAAAAUUGCAACAAUUCUUUAACCAUCACAUGUUUGUGCUUGAACAAGAAGAAUACCAACGUGAAGGUAUCGAAUGGGCCUUCAUUGAUUUCGGUAUGGACUUGGCCGCUUGUAUCGAACUUAUCGAAAAGCCUAUGGGUAUCUUGUCCAUCCUUGAAGAAGAGUCUAUGUUCCCCAAAGCCACCGAUGCCACCUUCGUUGAAAAAUUGAACACCAACCACUUGGGCAAAUCUCCUAACUACCAGAAACCCAAACCACCAAAGCCCGGUCAGCAAGCCGCUCACUUCACCCUUGGUCACUACGCUGGUAAUGUACCUUACAAUAUCACCGGUUGGUUGGAAAAGAACAAGGAUCCCUUGAACGACACUGUUGUCGACCUUUUCAAAAAGGGUACCAACAAGCUGUUGUGUGAGAUUUUCGCUGACCACCCUGGACAAUCUGGGGCUCCUGCUGACAAGGGUGCGCGUGGUAAGAAGGGCGGUGGCUUCGCUACCGUAUCUUCGGCCUACAAGGAACAAUUGAACAACUUGAUGUCCACCCUGAGGGCCACCCAACCUCACUUCGUCCGUUGUAUCAUUCCCAACGAAUUGAAACAGCCUGGUCUCAUUGACUCUCACUUGGUAAUGCACCAGCUGACCUGUAACGGUGUACUUGAAGGUAUCCGUAUCUGUAGGAAAGGUUUCCCCAACAGGAUGGUCUACCCUGACUUUAAACUUCGUUACAAAAUCUUGAAUCCCGCGGGCGCCGCUAAGGAAACCGAUCCAAAGAAAUGUGCCGAUGUGAUUUUGUCUGCCACCAGUCUUGAUCCCGAACUGUACCGUCUUGGUCACACUAAGGUAUUCUUCCGUGCCGGUGUCCUCGGUCAGAUGGAGGAACUCCGUGACGAACGUCUCAGCAAGAUCGUCACCUGGAUGCAAUCCUGGGUCAGAGGUUACCUCUCCAGGAAGGAAUUCAAGAAGUUGCAAGAGCAACGUCUGGCUCUCCAAGUGUGCCAGAGGAACUUGAGGAAGUACCUCAAGUUGAGGACCUGGCCAUGGUACAAACUCUGGCAGAAGGUCAGGCCACUCCUCAACGUCACCCGUAUCGAGGAUGAGAUUGCCAAACUCGAAGAGAAGGCUGCCAAAGCUCAAGAGGCCUUCGAACGUGAAGCUAAAGCCAAGAAGGAAUUGGAAGGUUUGUACGCCAAGAUCUUAGCUGAGAAGACUGAGUUGUUGAGCACCCUUGAAGGCGAAAAGGGAUCCCUUUCCGAAGUUCAAGAGAGGGCCAACAAGUUGCAAGCCCAGAAGAACGAUCUUGAAUCCCAACUCCAGGAAACUCAAGACCGUUUGACCCAAGAGGAAGAUGCCCGCAACCAACUUAUGCAACAAAAGAAGAAACUGGAACAAGAAAUGUCCGGUUACAAGAAGGACAUCGAAGACUUGGAACUCAACCUCCAAAAAUCCGAGCAAGACAAGGCUACCAAGGACCACCAGAUCAGGAACUUGAAUGACGAAAUCGCCCAUCAAGAUGAACUGAUCAACAAGCUCAACAAGGAAAAGAAGAUGUCUGGUGAAAACAACCAGAAGAUCUCCGAGGAACUCCAGGCUGCCGAAGACAAAGUCAACCACUUGAACAAAGUUAAAGCCAAAUUGGAACAAACUUUGGAUGAAUUGGAAGACUCUCUGGAACGCGAAAAGAAACUCCGCGGUGACGUUGAGAAGUCCAAGAGGAAGGUUGAAGGUGACUUGAAACUCACCCAGGAAGCCGUGGCCGAUUUGGAAAGGAACAAGAAGGAGCUCGAACAGACCAUUCAACGCAAGGACAAGGAAAUCUCAUCUCUCUCUGCUAAAUUGGAAGACGAACAAUCCGUUGUCGGCAAGACCCAGAAACAGAUCAAGGAACUCCAGGCCCGUAUUGAAGAACUCGAAGAAGAAGUCGAAGCCGAACGUCAAGCCCGUGCCAAGGCCGAGAAACAACGUGCUGACUUGGCUCGCGAACUUGAAGAACUUGGAGAACGUCUCGAAGAAGCCGGCGGUGCGACCUCUGCUCAAAUUGAACUCAACAAGAAGAGAGAGGCUGAACUCGCCAAGCUCCGUCGUGACUUGGAAGAAGCCAACAUCCAACACGAAAGCACCUUGGCUAACUUGCGCAAGAAGCACAACGAUGCCGUCUCUGAAAUGGGUGAACAAAUCGAUCAACUUAACAAACUCAAGGCCAAGGCUGAGAAAGAAAAGGCACAAUACUUUGGUGAACUUAACGACCUCCGUGCUUCCGUCGACCACUUGGCUAACGAAAAGGCUGCCAUUGAAAAAGUAUCUAAACAAUUGCAACAACAACUCAACGACGUCCAAGGUAAACUUGACGAGACCAACCGCACCCUCAACGACUUCGAUGCCGCCAAAAAGAAACUGUCCAUCGAAAACUCUGACCUCCUCAGACAAUUGGAAGAAGCCGAAUCUCAAGUUUCCCAACUCAGCAAGAUCAAGGUUUCUCUUACCACCCAGUUGGAGGACACCAAGAGGUUAGCCGACGAGGAAAGCCGCGAACGUGCCACCCUCCUUGGCAAGUUCCGCAACUUGGAACACGACUUGGAUAACAUCCGCGAACAAGUCGAAGAAGAAGCCGAGGCCAAGGCUGACAUCCAACGUCAACUCAGCAAGGCCAACGCUGAAGCUCAACUGUGGCGCCAGAAAUACGAAUCCGAAGGUAUCGCUCGUUCCGAAGAACUUGAAGAGGCCAAGAGGAAGUUGCAAGCCCGUCUCGCUGAAGCUGAAGAGACCAUCGAGUCCCUCAACCAGAAGGUUGUAGCUCUCGAGAAGACCAAGCAACGUCUUGCCACCGAAGUCGAAGACUUGCAACUCGAAGUCGACCGUGCCAACGCUAUCGCCAACGCUGCCGAGAAGAAACAGAAGGCCUUCGACAAGAUCAUUGGAGAAUGGAAACUUAAGGUUGAUGACUUGGCUGCUGAACUCGACGCCAGCCAGAAGGAAUGCCGCAACUACUCCACCGAAUUGUUCAGACUUAAGGGAGCUUAUGAAGAAGGACAAGAACAAUUAGAAGCCGUACGCCGCGAGAACAAGAACCUCGCUGAUGAAGUUAAGGAUCUCCUUGACCAAAUCGGCGAAGGUGGCCGCAACAUCCAUGAAGUCGAGAAGGCCAGGAAGCGUUUGGAAGCCGAGAAGGACGAACUUCAAGCCGCCCUCGAGGAAGCCGAAGCCGCCCUGGAACAAGAAGAGAACAAGGUACUCAGGAGCCAAUUGGAAUUGUCUCAAGUACGUCAAGAAAUCGACAGACGCAUCCAAGAGAAGGAAGAGGAAUUCGAAAACACCAGGAAGAAUCAUCAACGUGCCCUCGACUCUAUGCAAGCAUCCCUCGAGGCCGAAGCCAAGGGUAAGGCUGAGGCUCUUCGCAUGAAGAAGAAGUUGGAAGCAGACAUCAACGAACUUGAAAUUGCUUUGGACCACGCUAACAAGGCUAACGCCGAGGCCCAAAAGACCAUCAAACGCUACCAACAACAACUCAAGGACACCCAACAAGCCCUCGAAGAGGAACAACGCGCCCGUGACGAAGCCCGCGAACAACUCGGAAUCUCUGAACGUCGCGCCAACGCCCUCCAGAACGAAUUGGAAGAAUCUCGCACCCUUUUGGAACAGGCCGACCGUGCCCGUCGCCAAGCCGAACAAGAAUUGGGAGAUGCUCACGAACAACUCAACGACCUCGCCGCACAAAACGCUUCCAUGUCCGCUGCCAAGAGGAAAUUGGAGACUGAACUCCAGACAUUGCAUUCCGAUCUUGACGAGCUCUUGAACGAAGCCAAGAACUCCGAAGAGAAAGCCAAGAAGGCCAUGGUCGACGCUGCUCGCCUCGCUGACGAGCUCCGCGCCGAACAAGACCACGCACAAACUCAAGAGAAACUCCGCAAGGCCCUCGAAACCCAAAUCAAGGACUUGCAAGUACGUCUCGACGAAGCCGAAGCUAACGCACUCAAGGGAGGUAAGAAGGCCAUCGCCAAGCUGGAACAGAGAGUAAGGGAACUCGAGAACGAAUUGGACGGCGAACAGAGGAGACACGCCGAUGCCCAGAAGAACCUCAGGAAGUCCGAACGUCGCAUUAAGGAAUUGAGCUUCCAAGCCGAAGAAGACAGGAAGAACCACGAACGUAUGCAAGACUUGGUCGACAAACUGCAACAGAAGAUCAAGACCUACAAGAGGCAGAUCGAGGAGGCCGAAGAAAUUGCCGCCCUUAACUUGGCCAAAUUCCGCAAGGCCCAACAGGAAUUGGAAGAAGCCGAAGAACGCGCCGACCUUGCCGAACAAGCCAUCGCCAAAUUCCGUGCGAAGGGACGUGCUGGAUCCAGCGCCAGAGGACAGAGCCCCGCGCCGCAAGCAAACAAACCACGCUUACCAGCAAUGUUAAUGGAAUAGAGUGACACCAGAUAAGUCCAAGACAGCGCCCACAAAUGGGAGAUGGUGGUCUAUUCCCACCAAGGUUUGACCUAGCUCCCGAAGCUGGUGAUUACUAAAACUAGUGCGCGCUGUGUUAUUUUUUUAAGCGAAAAAAAAUGAACUAUUUAAUACGCGGCCAUCCCAUCGGGCCGCGUGAGUGUAAUUUAUAUUAUAUUAUAAUUAAUUUUUAAUUGUUACUUACAAUUAUUUUUUAUUUCUUUAUUUUAGUUUCGUUCGUCUUUUUUUUUCAAUUUAAAAAAGUAUGAUUCCGUUGUUUCAUUAAAUAGAUGUUUUUAUACGAGAGAAAGCGGAGAAUGGAGGCGAUUAAGAGACACGUAUUUUCCAUCCGAGCAGCCUUUAGUCUCCGGGUUCUCGAAAAAAUGACAAAUGAAAUGAAAUCCAAAUGUAUUUUGUAAAAAGUCCAGGUUAUAAUAACUUUUAUGUAUGUGUGGAUAUGUUGUAUGAUAUAAGGCACCAAAUAAACAAGUUAUAUCGUUCUUUUAGUUA